AUGGCCGAUCCUGCGCAAUUCCAUGAGGAAGAAGAUGCUGAUCCACCUGCCCUCAGCUUCUUCCCCGAUCCUCCACCCUUCUUCAAGUACUUCUCUUCUGACAACAUUGCGCGUCUAAAGGAGAUCGAAAAUCAGUCGGUGACUGGCGACGAGAUCGCACCAAACAAUCCGUCAGCCACUACUUCCAGACUCUCUGCUGAACAGAUCCUCGCCCUCCCCACAGAGCUGCGAUAUCUCAUCCCACCAGCACCACCCGCGGACGACGAGGAAUUCCAUGUAUUCAACGAAAAAACAAGGGCAAAGGGCACGGAUGUGUUCGACAAGAAUAUGGAGCACAUAAGCGACAUGCUGAGAAUGGAGGGCAUCUUCCCCGAGGGCUGGAAGUACAAGCCGCUUCCCAACGACACGGCUGCAGCAGGCGCCUUCGCCACGUUUACGCAUCAGCAGAAACUCUACAGUUGUUUGCGUAGCUUGCUUCUCGCCUAUCUCAAACUUCUUGGCAUCAUGGCUAGUGAUCCGACUUCGCAGAUGAAGACGAACACGCUGGAAGACAUGUUGACAUUGGUCACGAACAUGCAUGCGCUCAUCAAUGAAUAUCGACCGCAUCAGGCGCGCGAGACCUUGAUUGAAAAGAUGGAGGCGCAAGUGGAGCGCAAGAAGAAAGAGAUCGAGGGCGUCAAGCAAGUGGCCGAGAGAGUUCGAGGCGUACUCGAUGAUUUCAGCAGGGAAGCAGAGGAAUUACAAAAGGCGAAUGAGAACAAGCUUGGAGAGGAAGAGAAGACAAUUCUUUGGAGGCCUGUGAACUACAACGCCUUGACCUGCACGACCACUUCGAGACCUUGGCAGCAAUGUGUUUACCACGCUAGCCAACCACACCAUGACGUCACACCGCAUUUACGCGCUCGUGGCGCCUCUGAAGGACAUCGUCUUCAUGUGACUACAAAGUAUCACAAUCCGCUUUUGUAUCAGUAUUUGGAUAGUUGGUGUAUCGAACCGUUCUGUCGGACCAUCUGGUCUGCAAGGUCAGGGGCCAUUGCCACGCGCUCACCUGGACGCCACCAAGAGAAGGCAAAGCAGCUGACUGGUGAAUAUCAUUCUGGCCCCAAGACCAAGAAGAAGGCGUUCCAAUUUGGACAUUGGAUUAUCUGCCUCCUGGCUGUUGACAAUCUCGCCAUGUCGUCUGCAACAACGCCACGUCCAUCAAAGCGGCUGGUCGUCUUCUGCGAUGGAACAUGGGUCGGCCGCGAAACAGCCGUCGCGGAUGCACCUCCUAGCAACAUUAGACAACUCGCGAAUAUGGUUGGUGAAGUGCAGUACAUCGACGAUUCAAAUCGCAAGCCCGCAACAGUACAUCCCAUCAAGCCUCAAAAAGCCACCAGCACAACUACAAGGCACUCGAACGGUACCGAAUGGGACACUCAACCCGAUGUUGUAGCCGGCUAUCAAGAAGGUGUAGGCCUGAACCGCACAUUUCUCGAGUACAUUUGGGACGGCGCGACUGCCUCUGCAAUUGGAGACGAGUGUAUCAGCGUGUACAGAUUCAUCGCGGAGAGGUACACCUCUGAUCACGAGAUAUGGCUCUUUGGAUUCAGUCGUGGAGCGUUCACCGUACGUUGUGUUGCUGGUAUGAUCAAUAAUUGUGGCAUCAUCAAACGCCUCCCCGAGUAUACGGAGGAUGAGUUUCAGACUCUUUGUUACGAGGUGUUCAGAACAUAUCGCUCUAACCUGCCGGUCGACGCGCCAAAGUCAGACGAAUGCCAGCGCUGGAAAGCAAAUCCAGGAAGAGUGUGGCCUGCCAAACGUCCGAUUCGAUUCAUGGGACUCAUCGACACGGUCGGUGCGCUGGGUAUACCACGUCUGAAUGCUGGUAUUGGGUUCGAUUGGAGUCCGUUUGAGUUCUUCGACCACAACGUGAGUUCAGUGGUUCAGCAUGUGUACCACGCGCCUGCACUUCACGAUAGACUAUGGAUAUUCCAACCUUGCCUCGUAUACCCUAGCGAAGAGGAUCAGAAAGAAACAGCAGUGGUGCAUCAGCAAUGGUUCCCCGGCACACACUACGACGUUGGCCGCAUGACUUUUCGCUUCGUCCGUCAAAGUCCCGCAAAUUGGGUUGAAGACCUCCUUGGCUGGCUCCCCGAUCUUCUCUCCCGCACAAUCUAUCCUAAUGAAGUCCUUAGCGACGCCGUCCUCCGCUAUCUUGUCGAAGGCAUCCGUGAUACCGAUGAGGACUCGUCGAACCCAAUCGUUCCUAAUCUUGACAACGAAAUCGAGACCCUUCGCCUUCGCCUUACGUCUCCAUCUCCUCAGCAAACUGGUUCCGGCGAUAUCUACGGCGAUGUCCUCAACUACGCACCCGCGGGCAUAAUCUGGGGCACUUUCCAGCGCUUCUUCCGCACCAUUUUUGCACUACUCAACAAGCUCCUUCCUCGCCUGGGGGACAACAUUGAGGAGCUGAUUGGCAUCAAGACGAUCAUUGGUAUCUUGACAGCUACUGCCGAUCGCAGGAUUCCGGGUAGCGCAGAAAAUGUGUAUCCGUACAUGGACGAAGAACAGAUAGUCGUGCAGGGAACGAAGAGGGCCUUAUGUGUAGCUCAGGCGGCGCAAAUGAAAGGGAAAAAUGAGUGGGGCAAGGAGAGAGGUAGCACAAGACGUCGGUCCGAGCAGGAUUCACUACGGUCAUUUGGUACAUCGUUGCAUGUCACCGUCGUGUAUAUCAUUACUCGUGAAAUGCCUAUCUUGGCUUCGUCGAAUAGUGAUGUCAAAAUCCCACACUUUGCCGUAAUGGGUAGGAGAGCGGGCCUCAGCCGUUUUGUGAAUCCGCGGACUGGGUUGAGCGUUCGGUCAGUUACAAUACCCCGCGGCCAAUACCAUCGCGUCUUUGCAACACAUGCGCUCCACGAAAUGAUGCUCGAUGGAGAUCAGCAUGGGACUUCUAUCUAUCAGAAGACGAUGAACGGCCAUGGCCGUCCGAACAUGGUAAUCAAAGAUAGUACAAGAUCAAAAUGGCCGCGGGAUCAAGUCGAGAUGUAUCUCAUUCUAUUCGGCGCGGUUUUUCUGGCCCCCAUUGUUGUCUGCACUUCCUUUGACGGUAAUCUCAACUAUCACUCUCCAUCCCGCCGCCAUAAAAGUCUCGCAAUCGAUGUUUCAAAAGUAUCAAAACGAACACUAACCAAGCGUGCGGCGCCCUGGAACCCAGCGCAAUUGAACUUCACCCAUGCUGUUGCGUCUGGUGAUCCCCAUCCAGACUCGGUCAUCCUCUGGACACGCAUUGCACCAUCCACAGAGAGUGAUCAAUCAAAUGUGACGGUCUCGGGAUAUGUACCGUAUUACAGCCACGAGACUGAACAGUACAUCAAGGCUUCUGCUAACCCGAUUUGCGUCGAGUACCACGUUGGAAAGGAUGAGAAGUUGAGGCACGUGGUUGACAAAGGGACUGUGUAUACGACCUCGGAUAUUGACUUCACCGUCAAGGUCGAAGCAAAGAACCUGCACCCUUUCCAAACCUACUUCUACCAGUUCAAGGUCUGCGGUUCAAACAAUACCAGUCCCCUCGGCCGCACAAAGACUAGCCCCGACUAUGAUGAUGAUGUGUCGAAUAUUGGUCUUGCUGUCUUCUCAUGCAGUAAUUAUCCCAGUGGUUAUUUCAAUGCUUACGGUAAUGCUGCCCGUAAAGACGAAGUGGAUUUCUUUGUGCAUCUUGGAGACUACAUCUAUGAAUCUGGCAAAGGAAAGCCGGGAGUCAAUGAAAGGGCUACAAAUCCGACGAAAGAGAUUUUUAGUCUGUAUGACUACCGCACUAGAAUUGGACAAUACCGCUCUGAUCUCGAUCUUCGCCUUGCGCAUCAAAACUUUGCAUGGAUCACUACCUGGGACGACCACGAGAUUGCAAACAACGGUUAUCGAGAUGGGUUUAGCAACAUGAACAAUACCGAGGCUUCUUUCAAGAAGGCCGGAGGUAUCAGCGUCGAUACAAGAAAAAUGAACGCCGUCAGGGCAUACUUUGAGUGGAUGCCCAUCCGACAAGUCGAUCUCGAUGACAAUCUCCGCAUCUGGCGCUCCUUCAAAAUGGGUAAACUCUUCGACCUCAUCAUGCUUGAUACUCGCAACUACGAUCGCUCAAUCACUACCCUUGACUGGAACGACCAAUACAUUGAGAAGCUCAAAGACGACACUGGUCGUUCAUUAAUGGGCAGCCGUCAAGAAAAUUGGUUUUACAACCAGCUCUCCGAGUCGCACGACCGUGGUGCUAUCUGGCGGGUAGUCGGCAACCAAAUCAUCUUCUCGCACAUGAACAACAGCGCCGUCUACAGCGAAGAGUUGAAUGCAGAUCAAUGGGAUGGCUACACCGCAAACCGCAACCGCACUCUUCACCAUCUCUACGCAAACUCCAUUCCCAACACCGCUUUCCUUGCCGGCGACUCCCACGCAAACUGGGUCUCCGACCUCGUCUGGCUCGACGACAAACCCUACGACCCCGUCACGGGCGCAGGCGCCAUCGGCGUCGAAUUCGCCGGCACAGCCGUCUCCUCCACGGGCUAUGGAAAUGGGCGGUCAAUAUCGAAUAGCAGUGACAGAAGUGCAGCGUUGGUGAGAGAUAACCCAGAGCUACAGUGGACAGAGGGGUAUUACAGGGGAUAUUAUGAAUUGUUCGUCAAGCCAGAGGAGCUGAGAGCAGAGUUCUACGGUUCGCCCUCCGUGGCAACGCGCAACCCGUAUGAAAUCAGCCUGGCCAAUUUCACGGUCAAGGCUGGCGCCAAUCAUUUGGACAGAAGUGUAGCGGGUGGCAAGGUGGAGAGCGGAGCGCUGCAGCGCGGCGAAACGGUGCCGACGAAUUUGACGCUUGAUACGGAGACGGGGACGUGGGAUGUUAGGGGGUUUGAGCAGAUGUUUAUCAAGUAUUGA